GAGCAUCUGCUGAGAAAAACCAGUGGACCAAAGAAGCUGCAAAACUAACCGCUGCCAACUACCACCAUGAAGGCUACCCUUGCCACUGUUGCUCUCCUUGUCCUGGCUCUUGGCUUGACCUCUGAGGCCGUACAGGUUGAAGAAAAUGGACUGAGUUUCUCCCUGGAAGCCGUCAAGAGGCUUCAAGAGCUGUCGGAGAGCAGAGCCAUGACAGGGCAAGUGAACCCAAGAUUCAGGGCAAGCCCCAUGUCCCUCUGCGCUGAGCCCAUGCUCCCCCAGGAGCUGCUGGCCCUCUGCAAGCAGACCGGAGGGUCUUCAUCUCUGGUCAGACUCGCUGCAGUCCCAAUGGAUGUCUGUGAGAUCUGCGCCUUUGCAGCCUGCACCGGUUGCUAAACUCUCACUGCAAGCUACAUACAUCUUGCUUUAAGCUGAUCUUUUUUUCCUCCCAUCCCCUUUACAACCUAAUUAUUGUUUCCCUGAAUUUAUGAGCCAAAGGCUUUUUCCCUGAUUACCUGACUCAGCCCUGAUGGGUACUUAAUGUGUUUUUAAAUAACUAUUAGAUCAAAAAAUGGCCACCAAAGAUAUUAAUCAGACCGAGGAAUGUUUCAAAAACUGUUACUGUCUAACGUAUUGACCUUAUUUUUACUAUUCAACUGACAGCUCUUCCGGAGUUUAUAUUGGAUUUCACAU